GCUGCUGUCAUUUCCGGGUUGGGUCAGGGAAAUCUGUCAUGAGUAUGGCUGAGCGUUGUGUACAACCAUAACCUUUAUAUAACUGCAUUUUACUCCGACAGGAGACAAUUAUCGAUAAGCAGACCCUCUGCACCAGCACCGUCCAGGGAACAGGAGCCCUGAGGGUGACCGGAGUGACCGACUCCUGGAACACAGCCACCUGCCCAGCCUGCACCAUCUCUGAAAAUAGGCGGGUCACACAUUCCCCCGAUGAUGGGCGACGCUCUGCUCUGCUUUAGCUGCUGCAUCACAGAACAGCCGCAAACGACUCGGCCUCGCAGAAGGAUCGACCCCAGCAUGAUCGGCUUACCGACAGAUUUCCGUCACACGACACACAUAGGGUCGGGCGAAGUGAACAGCAGUGCUCAGAUUGAUUCCAUUCAAAACCAGAUGUCAUCAAAGGGAGGCGACUAUGAUGCACUGUCUCCCGGCCAGCUGAAGCUGUCUGUUGUCGACCUACCUCCGCGGAACCCUACAUAA